AUGGACGCCGUUCGCGAUGAUUGCAUCGCAACAUUGCGAAGAUAUCGAGACAGCCAUGCACAUGUUCUGAAGCAGAUAUUUGAGUUGAACGAGGCAAGGGCCCCGAUGUUCCAGCAGACCGAAGAUGUUGUCGACGCCUUGCAAGACCUCAUGCAUCUACUAACCGACUUCACUAAAUCCGUGGAUUUGCCUGACAGCUUCGCCGCUCAAUUUGAUGAAGUCCAACGCAAAUUCGAUCUGUUCCGCAAAGGCCGAUUUGCUAGGUUUCGGGCAGACGAGGCUAGACGUGCUCAUUUGGAAGACGAUGUCGUUCAGUCACUCUUUCACUCUGGCCGGUAUCUGGAUGGGUUCCUGGAGACAAAUGCUACGGGCUUGGCUCCUUUCUCAGAGUCUGACAUCGGUCCGGUUUUUGCAACCAAAGAAGACGACCUCGAACAGGAGCCUCCUGAGCGAUCUCCGGGAGAUGUUCAGUACUUAACAAAGAUCGGGGAUAGAGACAUCAUACUUGAACAGCUCUUAGAUCUUCGAGGCGAGCAGGCUCAGCUCCUCGAAGAGCAGAAUUCAAGAGCUCAUUUCGGUCUCAGCUUGGACGAGGAUUCGUUGCAUUUCCUAGAGUCCUUCGAAGAUCAAGAGCAGGCUCUGCUUGACGAACUAGAAUAUGCCAAUCUGGGCCUAGACGCCUUGAAGCGGCUUAUGAUGGACGAUGAAGCUCUAGCAAUCUCAAACGAAGCUUCAGCGCGGGAGCCCGAUGAGGAUGAAGGUGCACUUAGGUAUCUUGAGAAAGAGAUGCCGUUGAGCCAGCCCACUAACCACCCUACACGGCGAGAGAUAAAAACUCUGCUCUAUCAAGAAAUUCUACGUCGCAAGAUCAGAUGGGUAGAUCACCUCCGCGGCCCUGAUAGGACACCCGUGGACCAUGGCGACUUGGUGAACGUGUGGCUACUGCACCGGCUACAGUUUCUCCCUCGACUGCUCGACGAGUACACUUCACUCACUGAAAGCCAAUUCGAAGAGAUUGAAGAGGACGAUCUGGAGCAUCUUUUUCUGGAAAGGUGGUUCAACGACACGUCUGCCACCGAUUUUGCGAAGCAUCGUAUAUUUGCGGACCAACAAUCAAUGCAAGCAAACCUCACAGAGUCUGGAGAUCUUGAGCAGCGAAGCCUUUCAGCCGUGCCUAUCCGACCCACGUCUAUACCAUUGAUGAGAAUGGGACCUUCCACGACCACGCAGGACAUCAUUGCGCAAGCGAUGCAGGCGCAAGGCAUACCGCCUUGA